UUCAGGUCAUGCUUAUGAAACUAAAAAUAUAAUAGACAGUUCCACAACCGUUACUAAAACCCAUCCCCCUAUUACAACAGUAACAUGUGGCCUGAUAGACAAUUUGCAUUGUCUGAGGUCCUUUAAUAAAUGUUUUGGCAAUUACCAUGUGGCAUUCAUUUGAUAGUGUCUCCUUUAGUUCAGAGUUGACACUUUUCUUGAGCGUUCGGUAAUGGAAGUGUCAUAUUACCAUUACUAUUUCCAUUACUAUUGCUGUGAAACAGGCUUCAUUGUUACACAAAAAUAAACCUUUUUUUAUCCAAAUGUAUUACAGUUCCAAAAUUGGAAAUCAAGAAUUUAUUUAACCAUAGCUAAAUGUGAGCCCCAAAUCAAUCUUUUUGUCAAUCAAAAUGUUCAAAGCUGUUUUUGCUUUUUAAUGUGUACUUAUGCUUUCGCAAUUGCUCUGAAUGGUUUUAUUGACAAAUAUCCCUUUUUGGGAUUGAAAUGUUAACAGUCAGUUAUGUUGCUCUUUAAAGUUAAUAUGAUAAACAGGAAUAUAGCCUUUGUAUGCUACUUUACUUUUAGUAUUCAUUGCAUUGCAUUUAAAGAACAAAUGAGGAGAACAUUGAAAUCAGGUAUAAAAGGUCAAACUAUGACUUAAAAUUCAAAAUUGGAAUCUAAAGUAUAAAAAUGACAAGUAUAAAUACUGAGUUGAACAAAAUCAAAGUGUGAAAUAAAAAAUCCAAUCAUGUUUGACUCGCAUCACUAUUUCCAUGGCUGGUGCAAGUGAGCGUUUACCGAUAGGAGGCGGUAGUGCACCGGUGAUGCAGAAAUCUCCCGCUAAAUUUGAUAACGAACAAGACGUGGUUUCUGACAGAAAAUGGCUGACGGGGACUGUGGAGCAGAUUUCCUCUGGCUUCAUGCGUAAUUUUUAGGGCGUCCCUUAGUUGAGCAUGCACUGUUGCAAUUAGCUGAAAAAUAUCAUGUUCAAGAAGGCGAAAAGAGCGAACUUUAGGCGGAGAAAUGAGUCUGACGAGGAUGAGCAGGACGAGGGUCGGCAGCCGCCUCUCGCGCCGACACUGUUCGGGCCUGUCGGUGAGGAGAUCCCGUUCAUGGAGUCCACUGUGAACAGCGGUAACGGAGCACCGGGCAGCACGGACAAUAUCCACAGUAACGGCUUCCUAUCAAACGUUAACACUUUUAGAGCUGCGAAGAAAGAUAAGAAAAUCAAAGAACCAGCUACCGUCGUGGUGUCCGGACCAACAAAAGCAAGUUUGCUGAGUUUCGACGACGAUGAAGGUAAAUUAUUUACCGAUGCUAACGGUAGCCUGAGAAACGUGCUGUUUCUGUAGUUUAGGAUUAACUUAACGCUUGAUAUUUAAGAGUGUAAACUAAUCUUUGUUAACUCUAACCAUUUUAGAUGUUAAUCCUUUUCUCAAUAAUCCCUCUUAAGACCGGCACAUUGUGCUCACGUGUGUGGAUAACUAACCAACUGCUCACUUUCACUUGCUGACCUGAAUGUAAACAGAAGGAUCCGAGGUGUUCAGGGUGAAGAAAUCCAACCACAGCAAGAAGAUCGUGAAGCAGCUGAAGAAGGAAUACAAAGAAGAUUUGGAGAAGUCUGGAAAUGUCAAACAAGAAAUCAAAUCAGGUGGGAGAGAGUUACUGUCCAUUUGGGUCAAUAUCUGUCUCACUGUUUGAGUUAAAACAAUGAAAAUAAGACUUCACACACGUCAAUCAAACUUCAAAUACACAACAAUCCAAUACCACUUCUAAACCUGAAUAAUUCCAUAUAUGAAGCUUCUGCAUGUUCAGUUUGUAUUGACACGUUCAGACAGGUAAUACUUGUAUUACCUAUUUACUAUUAAAGACACAGUGAGUGAUAUUGGCACACUGUACUCUGGUGGAUCUGGCUGCAUUGAGUUGCAUUAGAUUGCCCAGGUGUUCAUGACAUUAUGAAUGUCAUAUGAUGAUAUUUUCUUUGGUAGCUCCCAAACGAACAAAAGCAAGAAGAAGCAGAUCAACAAAGGUUCAAAAUAGUGUAGAUAAAUAUUAAAAAAGAGUGAAGAGUAUAAGUGUAGUAACGAAAUAGAAAAGUAAUAUUUCCAGAUUUGAUUAUGAAACUUAACCUUAAAAUUUAUUACAAAUAUCAUUUAUUUUUGCACAACUGCACUUAAACUGGAAAGAAACCAGUAAAUAAGUUGAAUAAGAAGCUAAAAUAUGUGGUGCUACCACAAGAGGGAGGUAGAUCAAAGAAGAAUGGAGUUAUUUUCAGGGUUCCUAUGCAAGUAUGGAAAUAAAUUUGAUAAAUUUCCAGGUCUUAGAAAGUAUGAAAAAUGAUAAAUAAAGUAUGGUGAAAUAUUUAUGUUCCCAGACUAUUACCACAGCUCUAAAAUACUGUUUUAUAAAAUAGAAAAGUAGGUAUUACCAAAAAUAAGUAUGGAAAUUCCAACUGUGUAGGAACCCUUUAUUUUAUAUUAGCAAUAAAAUCAUCAUUGUAAUUACACAGUCUGCACAAGUUAAAAGGCAAUGUUAUACUGUUAUUAAUCAUUUUUUAAAAGCUAUUUUGGUUCUAAAUUGGAGAUCUCAAAAUAUAUUGGAAAAUGCUUGUUAUGGUGUAAGACUUUGUCCAUUUAAGCUUGCAUGCAGUUCUUAUAAGCAGACCUUGAAUACUGAUGCAUUUUUGAAAACAGGCAGAAAUCAGAUGUCAGUAAAAAACUCAACUUGUCAAUGGUCGUUUACCUGAAAUACCUAUAUUUUUUAUGAUAAUAAUUGAUUUUGGGGUAUCACAGUGCUCAGCCCAUGUUACAUGAUAUUACUUGUAUGUCGCUUUAUGUGUAUUACUUGUACUUUUGCAUGAGUCUCUCCUUGGGCUAAUCGCUUUGUGUCCCAUCUACCCAGAUACUGCUCUUCAGCCUGUGGUUUCCAUCAAAGAGGAAGUUACUAGCAGAGCAGGUAGUGAACAGGGGGAGGAAGAAAUGGAGGUGGACAGUGCUGAUGAGCAGGAGGAAGAACCGAAGAGUCAAGUAUCUAAGAGCACCAACGCUGGAGCAUCUUUCAAUACUCUUUCCUCCCUCGGCAGCCUGAGACCAGGUAUUACAUAAGCCCAGGUUUAAAAGUUUUUACAGAGCUUCAAUUACCAAGGCUGGUAAAAAAAAGACUUGAGUACUUUUGAAAAUACUCAUGUAGAGCUGGUGAUCAUUUUUAUAGUACUGCAUUAAUUGAAAUCUGAGUGAGUUCUAAUGGGUUCUGCUGAUCAUCUCAGGAUUGACCUCGUACUUGGAUGACAUUAAGCCCUGUCUCCCUCUUCUCUAGGUGAAAUACCUGACGCAGCAUUUAUCCAUGCUGCCAGAAAGCGCCGCCAACUAGCUAGAGAGCUGGGAGGUGAAGCUCCACUGGUAGAGACAGAGACUCCCAAGAAACGCAUGAUAGGAGAAGAUCAAGACGCCAGCGACGACGAAGACGAGGAGGAGAAGAGGAUACGCUUCAGUGGAGUCAAGAACAAAAGCCAGAGACAGAAGAUCGCUGAGGAGAUAGGUAGCGUGAAGAUGUCACACGCCAGGCAUCUCAGUGGCACACUGCUGUCUUAAAUGAUAACACUGUAAUGUCUCUAAGGUGAUGAUUUCCUUGUCUAUUGUGCAGGCAUUGAGGGUAGCGAUGAUGAGGCUCUGGAUACAGGUCAAGAUGAGGAGGUGAGCCGUUGGGAGCAGGAGCAGAUAAGAAAAGGAAUCAGCAUACCACAGGUAAACUGUAACUAACUCUCUGAACAUUUACAUUUGCUUAUUGAUCUCUGACAGUUAACUAUAGAUGUUUCUUUCCUGCUUUAUCACUAUUUAAAUCAUUUAGUGCCUUUUUGCUGUAUGAGCAGCAGCUUCUUGUCAGCUCCAAAACAAUUGGUUGAUAAACAAGAGUGGAGGAUUGACAGCAAAUCACAAGAAAAGAUGAGCUUCCAUAGAGUUCUGGAAACAUGAAAGUGUAAAAAAAAUAUUAAUCCAUUUGAGAACACCACUUCUUGAUCUUUUAGAUCUUUUCCAAACUAUUCAGGUAUUGUUCCAAAGAAGUUAAAGUACAAAAAUAGGAUUGGUUGGUAGUGCAAUUAUCCAUUAUUGACUCACUCUCCAUUUUCAAAUCCCACCUGAAAACUCACGAUUUUAGACGGGCCUACUCUGACUAGCAUUUAAUGUUUUGCUGCAGAGUCCGGGCUUACAACUUUUUAUUUAAAACUUUGUUGUGUUGAUGAUUUGUCUAUUAAUUGUCCUGUAAGGUGUCCUUGAGUGCCCUGAAAGGCGCCUACAAAUAAAAUGUUUUAUAAUAAUUAUUAUUAUGAAUUGAUGUCAUAGCGAACUAAAACUAAAAGUGUUUUUCCUUAUUAUUUUAUGUGCAGGUCCAAAGCAGCCAGCCAGAGGACAACACAGUCUACUACCAGAACAGCUACGAGACCCAGCCGUACGGUGCCUCCUACAGCAUGCCGUUCACAUACAGCACUGUGGCGCCACCGACCUGCAAACCAACUGUCCGAGCAGACAACGGCUCUGUUCACUUCGGGGCCCCGAUUAGGGAUCUAACCCCGGUAUCCAUUGAUCUGGUAAAGAAACGCCUGCAGGAUAGGUAGGUUCCGUUAAAGACAGCAGCACUAUCGGUCUUGAGCUCAGGUGCUGCCAUGUCUGUGUGCUGUGGUCCUGGAGACCCGACAAAGCUAUCCACAAAUCUAACAGCCAAAGAGGCUUUUGGGGAGUCUGAAUGGGCUCUGCAUUUAUCCCCCCCACUCGCCAUGUUUUGAUUUUUUCCCUCCUUUUUCUUUCUUUUUAAGUAUAAUAAUUUAUCUGUUUUCAUUGUAUGGUUGUAUGUUAGUCAUUAUGAUUCAGCCAGGACUGACUUUCCCCAGCUUUAUCUAAAUGUCCCCCCCGCUGUCUCUCCCUGUAUGUCCUGUGCCUGCAGGCUCAGCCAAAUGCACGCAGGCCACAACGCUAACGCCAAGCGCUUCAAACAGAUCCAAGACGACCUCGCUGCCUCCGAGAGCACCAUACAGCAGCUGGAGGGCUCGUCCAAUGACAAUGCAGAGCAAUAUAAAUUCUUGCAAGAGAUGCGAGGGUAUGUUGGAGACUUGCUUGAGUGUUUCAGUGAAAAGGUAAGGGAGAAGUUAUCUGCUGUCCGAUUAGUUAUUUUUUCUGUUUUGUGUCUGUGUGAUCUCUGAGCUCUUGAUGUGGACGUAAAAGUGAUUCGAUUCUGUAUUGUGAAAUAUGAAGUCACACAAAGCCUCUUUGUAUCGUUUUGAUUUAGUGGAUUAUUCCUUACAGACUGGUUUUUAAGCUACUUCAUAGUGCAGCCAGUGUGCCAAAUAAACCACAGCUGUUUUUACUUUAUGACUUUACUCUCAGCAUUCUUUCAAACAUGUUUCUUUUCUUAACAAAGACAGUUCAUACUUAGCAGUAGGGCUGCAACUAACGAUUAUUUUGAUAAUCGAUUAAUCUGUCGACUAUUUUAAUAACUAAUCGAUUAAUCGGAUAAACAGACUAAAUUCAUCAAUGCAGCUGUUAAUAGCAAUAGCAUAGGGCUUUAGUUUAUCAUAUGAGUUUAUCUGCCAUGAGGUGUUGAGGUCUCUGCAUGUGUAGGUUACUGACUUACUGUAAUCAUCGUGUCUUUCUCGUCCUUAUAAAAACCUGCUCUAUUUCGGCGAGUGUCUGUCUUCUUCUGUAGUCAAACCGCAAGAUAUCAAAAUCUACCCGGAUACAGCAAUGCUGCUUUUUGAUUGGCUGUUCAGUAGAUAUACUUUAUUUGAUUGGCUUGCGCGUGGCACACAGCUUCUGAACUCUCGGAGAAACUCAGUUGAUUUCCACCUGUUCCAUAGUUAAAGAAGUGCAACUUGGUGGACAUCGCCAUGUUCAUUUAAAUGCGUGAGAAAUACAAUGUGUGGUGUGUGAGCAUGUGAAAGAGUGGGAAUGUGUCAUACGCGUGAGACUUGAGAGCCCUGUGCUCACACAUCAUCGAUGUACUCCCGUGCCAUGCAAAACGGGCUUUGCAAAUGUUGCACUGAACGCCUUCCUUUUCAGUCUUGGUAAAGUUUUCCCACACCACUGAUGUUUUAGGUCGGGAUUUGGGUUGGGUUCUGUCCAUGUUUUUCUCAGCUGCUGCCUCGGCCAUGGCUGUUUCUUUUCUGUGCGUCCUGCUGAUGUUUACACGCCGAUGUCCAUGGACAUAUAUAAAGACCCGACGAAUCGAUUACAGAAUUAGUUGGCAACAGAUUUUUUCGUCACGACGAAUCGACUUAAUCGAUUCGUUGUUGCAGCCUUACUUAGCAGUGAAACAAAGUUUGAAGCGAUUCUGAGCUACUUCACCGAAAAAAAUUUUCCCUCAUCAAGUCCACAGCUACUUUUGAAUGCAUGUCCAGUCAAGCUAAUCCAGCCUUAAUCCUCCUGUAGCAGGGAAGCACCUCUGAGUACACGGAUCAUAGAGAACCAACCUGCCAGCUGCUUACAUGUCACCCACUCUAAUGUCUUUUUGGACCCUGUUCGGUGACUUUGUGUCGGACACGGGACACUAAACAACAUUAUCUUUAUUGCCUGAUGUAGAGCAACAUCCAGACUGGAACUUGAUAUUGUUGGUGAUGGGUGUAAAUCGUGUACCGCUGAAGAUUCUGGACCAUUAAUUCUACAAGGAUUUUAACAUUUUUCCCCUUUUGUUAUAUUUUCAGUUCAGAUAUGUGGCUGAAUAAAUCCCCUCAAAUAACAAUGACAUGUACUGAGUUUUCACCCACCGCAAGCAAUAUCUCAGUCCCAGUAUUACUUUGUUUCCGUCAUGCUCCUCUUGUCCCUCCAGCAAAGACAUCCGUGUGACUCGGAGCCCCACCUUUGUUUGGGUUCAGAGGUCACAGAAGGCAUCAUAUCUUUCAGGUCCCUGCUGUCCUGGAGCUGGAGGCUGCCAUGCACCAGUUACUAAGGCAACGGGCCUCACGACUUGUCCAGAGAAGACAGGAUGAUAUUAAAGAUGAAUCGUCGGAGUUUGCAAGCCUUUCAAGUCAGUCCAUCUUGAAGGUUUUUAUGAUUUAUUUGAACAGCCUCGUUAGUUCUGCGUGAGUGUGUGUGUGUGUGUGUGUUUGUGUAGGCGUGUGUAUGCUCAAGUCUCGUGUCCCUCUACCUCCUUAUACCCUGAUGAGUGAGAUUAAGGUUAAUGGAUGUGUGAUUGUGAGUGAGUGAAUGAGUGAGUGAGCAUGUACAUACCAGGGAAAUGUUUUAUUAUCAGCUGCUUUUUAGCGGCUGAGUCUGACAGUCAGCUGGGUGCUUGUAGCUCAGCUCAAUCAAUGAGUCACUGAGUAAAGAUAAAAAAUCUUGUAAGUGACUUAUCACCUGUUACUUCUCUGUAACAUGUUGGGAGGUAGCAGCCAGGUAAGUGACUAGAGAUUGAACAAUUCAAAGUCAAAUUUAUCGCAUAUAUGUCUUGUUUCUGCUGGAACAUUUACAGACGAGAUGGUGUAGAUUAGGCCUGGGCGAUAUGGCAAAAAAAAAAGAUCACAAUAUAUUUUGUUAUAUCGUCCGAUCUCGAUUAUUAUCACAAUUUUUUUUUUUAAUUGCCGGUUUUAAAGCAUCUGUACUAAAAACUGAAGAAACUAGAGAUUAGUUCAACAUUUUAUUAACAUACGAAGUAAAUAACAAAGAAAACUUAGAAAAAUAUAAGAACAUUUUAACUCAACACUACAACAAAUGUAGAUAAAUACUAAAUAAUACAGUCAACUAGUUUACAGUCCUGAGCAUUUUUGCAGGUAUGCAAGACCCACUUAAAAGAAAUCGCCCCCUCAGGUAUAUUGAAGAUGCCUUAAAAUGUAAAGUAGAUGAUAUGAUUGAUCGCUGCUUUGGUCUGGUGGCUGCACCGCUAGUUGUGGCUAAACUGCUAAUGCUACUUGUGCAGUCAGCAGUGGCAGCCUGUGCAGACUCCGCCCAUAUUUUCAUGCUUUCCGCGUAAUCACUCAGGAAAAACUUCUUUAAAUCUUAAAACAGAUCUGUUGUGUGGCUGGUUUUUGAAAGCACCGAUCGCCGACAUAUCUUACACAUCAGCUGAAUUACUCGACGUCAGUUUGGAGAUACCUGAACCACCGCCACACAACCGACAUUAAGUAACUUCUCAACAAUAACAUCUUCGGAGGAUGACUCAAAGUCACAGCAGGAAAAGCUCGACUCUGAUUGGCUAUUGUCACACACAUUUCCACCAUGUUUGAUCGAGUAAAUAUGCUCUUAGCUGAUCACCGUGAUCGUACUAAAAUUUAUUACAAUCAUCGAUCACAGUCAUAUAAUCGCCCAGUCCUAGUGUAGAUCAAUAUUUUGUUGCUAGUUCAUUAAUUUAAAUCAUUUCCUGAUUUGCUAUGAAAGUAUUUGAAGGCAUUUUGGAUUAGUGAUUAAACUCAAAGUAGAAACUAAUUCUAUCUAAGAUCUGUGAUUUCACAUGCCCAGAAUAAUAAAUCAUUUUUAGCUUGUCUCAGCUUUUUGUUACUGGUACUAACAUUUCUCCUGUCUCUUGUAGAUAAAGCUGUCAUGGCUCCUAGUCUAGAUUCAUUCGGUCGAGAUCGCACCGCUUACCAAGAGCACAGUCGCCAGAGAAGGAUAGCGGAGAGAGAGGCGAGACGGUACGAUGUUCAUUUGUUCUCAAAGACGUUCAUACAGGGUUCCUACACAGUUUGGAAUUCCAUACUUUUGCAAACCCUACUUUUUAGAAUAAUUUUUGGAAAUACCUACUUUUCUAUUUUCAGAAUCCAGUAUUUUAGAAAUGUGGUAUUAGUUUGGAAACAUAAAUAUUUUUCCAUACUUUAUUUUUCAUUUGCCAUACUUUUUAAGACCUGGAAAUUGAUCAAAUUUAUUUCCAUACUUGCUUAGGAACCCUGUUCAUACUUCUUGGUGUUCACCUUUUUUUUUCUGGGCUAAAGGUAGAGGUUCUACCUAGCAACAAAUCUCUAACUCAGACUUUGAGGAUGUCAGUUUAAAGAUACAGAAAAUGUGGUCCGUACUUUGAGCCGUCUGCCUUUGUGCUUGUCGUAUGCAGAACUCGACGGCGACAAGCGAGAGAGCAAAAUGGAAAGAGGGCGGAGCAUAAAGAGGGCUUAUCAUCUGAUGACGAGGAAACUUCCACUGACAUCACAAGCUUCAACAUGGAGAAAGGUACGCUGAAGUUAUCGCAGACUACAGAGAUUUUUAAAAAAGAGUUAAUCGAAUGCAGGUCAGGUAUUCUGCUGCCUGUGCUUUACUGAAGUCUUUCAUCUCACUCAGAUCGUAUCACCAAGGAGUGUAAAAAAGCGUUUGAGGACGUGGUGGAGGACUUCCACUCGAUUGACUACAUCAAGUCCCAUUUUGAAGUGUGGAGGAGAGAGUACGCUGACUGUUACAGAGACGCUUACAUCGGCCUUUGUCUGCCCAAACUUUUCAACCCUUUGGUCCGUCUGCAGCUGAUCACCUGGAACCCUCUGGAGGUGAGAUAAACACACAGACGGUUUUUUGAUUUCAAGUUCUCCUUCAGUGUAAUCUGAAACCUAUUCUUAUGUCCUCUGCUCCAGGCCAAUUGUGCAAAUUUCGAGUACAUGCUCUGGUUCGAGUCUCUGCUGUUUUACGGCUUCGAGGAGCACAGCAUUCUGCAGAAGGGAGAUGGGGAUAUCAGUUUAUUGCCUGCUAUUGUGGAGAAGGUCAUCCUCUCCAAACUGACAGGUAGACAAACACACCCACAGCUACUUGGAGCACACUAGGACUUGCAUUAUGUCAAAUGUGCUUUAUGUAUUUACUACUUCCCUGUGGUUGUGCGUCAGUGUUGGCAGAACAAGUGUGGGACCCACUGUCGAGCAGCCAGACUGCCAACCUGGUGGGCUUCAUUCACAGAUUGAUGAAAGGCUACCCUACGGUGCUGCACGGAGACAAUCGCUACACACAGGUACAGUCCACAUGCAAAGCUAAAGUUUGAUUUCUAAAAGUUGCAUCAUACUUUGUUCUUUCUGUUAGACACUGUUAUCUUGAUUCCUUUUUCCCUCUUCUUUCUCCCUCAGGAGCUUUUGAAAACAAUUAUCUUUAGAGCCAGGCGGACUCUGGAUGAAGACGUCUUUCUUCCGCUCUAUCCUAAAAAGUAUGUUUCAGAGGAGUCAACAUCACACGCUGUCCUGUAUUUAUCAUUAACGUGUCAGAUGAGCUUGUAUAACUGAUUUUAAAAAAAUCAAUUCUGCUUUUGUUUAGUGUGUUAGAGAACAAAAACUCUGGACCCUACUUGUUCUACCAGAGGCAGUUUUGGACCUGUGUGAAGGUACAUAGAGAAUUUUCAUACAGACAUCAGCAAUCUAAUCUCAUUUUCACCACAAGCCUGAAUAACUGUUGUCGUUUAUCGACCAAAGGGAGCUGAUCUGUUUGAUUUGAAGCUCUUUUUGUUUCCUCUGUGCACAGCUGCUCAGCAACAUCCUGCAGUGGGAAGGCGUCCUGUCCAGUUCCUGUCUUCGGGAUCUAGCUUUAGACAGCACUCUGAACAGAUACAUCCUCUCUGCCCUGCAGACCACAGAUACAUGUGAGGAAAAUGUCCUCAAGUGCCAGAAGGUGGGUCAAUACAGCAACCUCCGUGAAUAUGAAUAAAGCCUGUUUUGUCGUAUGGAGUAAAGGAGCUGAUGAUUUUGGAGUUGAUGGGGGUCUAUAAAGAAAACCUGAUGGCAAACGGCGUCCUGUAGUGUCCCACUCUUGUUGUAAAACCUUACACAUCUCUCUUUGGCUCAGGAAAGAUUUAAUCUGUUGCCUGUAAAGUACAAGUACCAGAACAUAAAACCCCCAAAUCCUCUUUUUAUAAGUUGUAAAAUUUAGUGUCUUCUCCCAUCAACUCUGCUUAAUUAAGAUUUAAAACACGGCCAAGGUCGUUUUACUAGCUCCAAACUGUUGGCCCAUUUUAAAGCCUUUAUGACCUGAUUCCUCUAGUUUGACAGUCUCAUUACUUUGAAUUUGAAAAUUGAAUUUGAGUGUCCCAGAAAAAAAAGAAUACUAACUUUAAUGGAACUUUACUUCCUAAACUGGAUCUACUCACCUCCUGUCUGACUCAUGCUGAAACUUCUUUGUAUUCAUCAGUACAGAAGUUUCUAAAAUUGAUCAUGAACCAAUUGUAGUCAUCUGAGUAGCGGAAAGUGUGAAAAGUAGAUGAGAGGCACUUGUAUUCAUAAAACUAGCCUCUCAGGAACGGUCAUUGUGAGUGGCCUCCCUCCACCCACUCGAGCCAAAAGUUUUAACCUGACGAAUGCUCCUGCUCAGCCAGUCAAGUUUGGCUGUUUUUGACUUCUUAAACUCGGUCUAACAUGGCUGAUAUUUAAUCUCUUGUCUCUGCUUUUAUUAUUUUUUCUCCUCAGGUGGUGGAGUGUUUGCCAGCACAGUGGUUCGCUGCGCUGAAGGGCCAGCAAACGUUUCCUCAGUUGGAGCCGUUCUGUCGCUAUGUCACCCACUUGGCAAACUCUUUGCACCGCAGCACUUUGGGAGGGAGCGAUACAGAAAAACGCGCUGCCAAGUAAGAUGUUCUGCCAAGAUGAAAAGUACAACACAAGUUUCAGUUUAUUUGCUGGUCAAAGUGGAGGACUUUGAAGUGUUUUAGCUCCCUCUGCUGGUACAUAGUGGGACUGUUUCAAAGAAAGUGUAUCAGGAGGGCUCCUUUUUUUUAAACAUUACAUUUAUGUCAAAAUUUUGGUGUGUUAAUAUCAUACGACUUUUUAAUCCUUUUCAUAAUCUGCCAACAGAGACCAAAUCAAAGACCUGUUGAAGAUGUUGGGCCAGAUGAACGCCCUGGACCACAUCGUCGCUGUGGCGGCCGAGCACGGCGUCAAAGACAUCAAGCAACUCUUUGAAGCAAAGUCCUAAAGAUGUUGAAUGCGAAGGCAACUUUUGCUUUGCGAUCAAGACAUGUGAAGCCAUAGGAUCAUGGAGUCAGAUCCCUUGGAAGAGUGUGCGUGAAUCAAACUCUGCAGUCUUUUCAUUGACUGAAAAGUAAGAGCUUCAGUGUAAAUACUGUGAAUAAUGUAUAGAAAGUUGUGCUCCCACGUCCAUCAACACUAGACCGAUGCUGAAAUGAGGCCUUGUUUCGUCAGCUGUAAAAUACCACUCAUUUUUACAGCAUGCUUGCAGUGUUUUAGUACAUAAUUUAUUCAGAAGAAACAACUGUUCACAUCCGUUUGGAAAAUGUCUGAUCUCCAACAGACAUAAUACAACUUGACUCUGUAAAAAAAAAAGCUUUACCACCUUUUAGUCCCCUCACAUACUAAACUCUCCUGUAUGUGCCAUACGAACUCCUCAGUCACAGACGGUCUAACAUGUCCACUCACAAAGACCGACAGCUGGUCUCCUGCUGCUCUUUGGGGACAGCUGGUAGGGUUGUUAUUCAAACCCCAUCAUGUACCUGUGGAGAUCUUCUGCCACCUAUGGAUCCACCUGAUGGCUGUACCAGAGCGGAGGGCUUUGUUUUCAGAUUUGUACAACUUUCGUUUUGGUAUUUUAUUUGCCUGUGAAUAAAAAGAAUUUGAACGAUA